GAAAGGAAAAUUGAUGGGCAAUGCUCCUAUCACUUAGUUUGACCUUGAGCUUAUCUGGUCGAAAUUUUAGAUCAAAGCUUAGAAUGGUUUUGCCUUUAAACCGAAGAGCAGAGAUUUGGUUUGACGCUAUAUUUUUCGUGUUCCGUUUCUUCUUCAGCUUUCGGAGGCAACAAAUUACUUUCAUAUAUCACUUCCAUAUUCGAUGUCUAACUUGCAGAAUCAUUGAGGUGUUAUUGAGUUUCACUUCAGAUCUCUAUACCUCUCUUUUUUCAAUCCCUUUUGGUGGUCCGUUUUCAUUCGAUCUGGGGAGAGGUUCCUGUUUUGCUGUGUGAAGUUCCGAAAAGGCAAAAAUGGAUGACUCAAGAAACAGCCCAUUACAUGAGUUCAGUUAUGGCAACAGAGUUGAUGAGGAUAUACGGCUAUCGGAACUGCUAGAGCUAGAUGAAGCGCUUCUGGAUGAUGAAACAUCAGAUGUGGAAGACAUAUUUCCGAUGUUAACCAAUGAAGAGAGCAUCAAGGAAAGGAGAAUCCAUGAAGUGUUCUUGAGCUUCAGAGGGAAGGACACACGUGGUUCUUUCGUUUCACAUCUCUAUGCCUCUCUUCAGAAUGCUGGAAUCAAUGUUUUCAAGGAUGAUGAGUCACUUACAAGGGGACAUCACAUUUCAGACUCAUUGCUGCGAGCAAUUGAGCAGUCUGAAAUUUGUGUUGUUGUGUUCUCAAGAAACUAUGCAGGGUCUGGAUGGUGUAUGGAUGAGCUGGAGAAAAUAAUGGAGUGUCACUGGACCAUAGGGAACAUAGUUCUCCCAGUGUUCUAUGGUGUUGAUCCCUCUGAAGUGCGCCAUCAAAAAGGCGAUUUUGGAAAAGCAUUUGAAGAACUUGAGAAGAGGAGUUUAAAAGAAGAUGAGGAGAGGGUUUUGCAAUUGAAGAAAAAGCUUAUGCGGUUGGGAGAAAAUGAAGGUGAGAACCUGUUCAAUUCGACUGUAUGGGGAAAAGAGAAGGUGAUGCGUUGGAGGGAGGCACUUCAUCAGGCUACUGGCAUCUCUGGGAUUGUAGUCCUAAAUUUCAGGUAACUUCACACUUCCUUCUUUCUCACAUUUUUUUCAUCAAAUUAAUACUCAACAUUUCUCAAUACUUCAAUACAAAGGACUUUAUUGAGGGUGAAAUAUUUAAAAGAUGAAUAUAUACUUUACUAAAUGUUUGAUAGGGGAGAAAUAUUUUUAUACAAAUCGUAAUUUUUAG